AUGACGAAUAAAACUUCAAGUAUACAACAAAUACUCCCACAACCUGCAAUUACUACAAAUAACCAGUCUGAAGUUAUUGCUUUCUACAAAAAUGAAAUUCCUUCUGGGCCACAAGGUUUUUAUAUUGAAACAAUUCUAAGAGACUGGAUUGGAAAUUAUGAACAAUUGGAUGACUUCAAUAAUUAUAUCCAGUGGUUAUUUCCUAAUAGAACGCCUGGACAGAACCGUCAUGCUCCACUGCUUACUGGUGAAGACGUUGAACAAAUCUGCAGUUCACCCGAAUUGAAGACACGUGCUCUGGAAGCUUUUAAAAUAAUGCUUGACUUUUUGGGAAUGAUGCUGCAGGAGGAUUCCCGAACAUUUGCUCUGACUGACAAAUACUUUGAACGAUUUAAGACAAUAAUUUCGCCUAGAACAUCUAUGGUAAUUACAAGGAUUCUUCAUUUCCUCAGAGAGAUCAAUCAGGAGCAAGUGACUGGGAAAGCUUUCAAAAUACGGACUUUAUGA